AUGGACUUCACGAUCGACGACCUCUCGACCUACUUGCCCGUGCGCUAUCCGUUCUACAACUUCACCUCGGGCACCUACGGCCCGCUCCAGAAGUCCACCAGAUGGAUCUCCAACAUCGGCUCCAACAACGUGCCUGACGCGGUGAUGAGCGACAUGGCCGCGUUCUACACGCCCGGCUGGGGCUUCAUCGACCCGUUCUACAAGUCCGACGCAGCCGGCAUGUAUCCCAACUCGGGCAACUACGGCAUCGAGUACCGCAUCGAGGGCACGAUCACGAAUGUGGGCUCCAAGACGCGCAAUGUGACGUUCAACAUUCAAGUGCCGACCAACUGCCCGCUGCUGUCGAUCGCCUACGAGACCAGGCCCGGCGUGUGGGCGGCGGACUACGUCACCUCCGCCAGCGUCGUGGUCACCUAUCUCUCCAUCGCCGUCCCUGCCACCAACCUACCGGUGGCCUACAGUGCCAAGUACGUGGUGGGCGGUCCUGCCUGUGGUAACCUGGCCAACUGGGUCCAGGUCCUCUCUUGA